AUGUUGGGUCUGCCUCUGGGACAUGUUACAAUAAAGUCCAUGCCUUAUAGAGAAGUCACAGACGACACGAUAAAUGUUUGGAGAAAACAAUUUGAAGAUGAAGAUAAUAUUAGAUCAAGGGCAGUUCAACAAGUUAUUAUGCAAUCAACACGUGCAGAUUUAAUGUUUAAAGUAAAUAUCUUUGUCCUCUUGUGUAAUACACUAGGUCAGUCGAUGAGCAUGGGAACAUGUGACCUGUCGAUGUUAUUAAAAGUGAUGAAAGACCUGGAUCUAAGUGACAUUGAUUGGUGUGGAUAUGUUUUUGAUUGCCUUAAGGAGACAAAAAGUGCAUGGAAUCCAAACAGCAAAAAAGGAUUCUAUGUUGGGCCAAUUAUAUUACUGCUGUUGCUAUACGUAGAAAGUGUUCGAUGCGAUUCAAUGAAGAUUGUACGAUGCAGACCAGCAAUAUGUUGUUGGAAUGUUGAUAAACUACGUGAGCGAGAAAGAGUAGAGUGUAGAACAAUUGGUCUGGGUAUGGGUGAAUUGCAAGAUCCAUUUCAAGUCAUCAAUGAAGCAUCAGAAACUGGUAAUGUAGGGCAAGAAAAAGUUCAGGGAAAUGAUGCAGGAGGUGUAAGGUGUAAGGGAAAUCAAGGAGAUGAUAUUUUUAGUGGAAGUGGGGAAAAUGUUGAGACAACUAUUUCAACAAUAAAGGAGAUGUACGACAUGAUAUUGCAGCAAAAGAAAGUGUUGGAAGACAAAAUAAAUGAUGCUGUCAAGAAAUAUCCUGAUAAUCAGUUGGUCAAAGAAUGGAAAAACAAAGUAAAUGAUUUGUUUACUGUAGUUUCUGCAUUAGAGGAACCAGAACAAUCUCAAUGGUGGUAUGAUAACAAGGCUGAAAUUGAACGUACGCUGAUUCUAGCUACAACUAACAAACAGUUUGACAACUCCCCAAUAGCAAAAUGUAGUAUUCAAAUGUCACAGGAAUAUGCAGACUUCGCGAAUAGAUUUGGUACAAAAUCUUUUAAGCAUACACCACCAUCUAAACUGGAAAUGUCAAUUCCUUUGUCUGUAGUACCAUUCAACAAUGAUGAACAUUGGGUUAGUAGAAGAGGGUAUAGGCCUCACAUGAAAUCCGAAUAUCUGAAAUCUCCUUACAUUAUACGGGCUGUUGAUAUCAUCAAAGAAGUUCCACGGCAGGAAAAACGUGUAGCAGAAUGGAUAUUCUCUCUCCAGGGAGAGCCAAAUGAUAUAGUUUUCCACACUUUGGAUGGUUUUUCUGCUCAGAGGUUUCACAUGGAAAGUUUUUUUCCAACAUGUGAACUAUUUGGCCAUGUCAUUGAUUGUUGGAGUCAAGUGUUGAAUCUUGAUGAAAAAAGUCAACGUAAAGAUAAAUUCAUUGAGAAUUUGGUGCUUUCUAUUGAAGAUAUGGACGCAAGCCUACGUUUUGUUGGAUUGCUUUUCCUACCAAUCAUCCGUUCCUUCCACAUUUUCCCUUUUGUGAUCAAUCUACAACAACCAGAGUUUGUAAUCGUUGACAACAGCAAAGUUGAUGAUCCUGAUGGUGAGAGAUAUGGUCGGUUGCCCCAAAUCAUUAAAGAGUACAUAGUUGAUUACUUAAAAUCUCAUAAUCAUCCAAAAGCUGAUAUGUUUUCACAUGUGAUGCCACAUAGACUGGAAAUGUCUUGGAAAACAAUAAACAACAGCAUUCAUUGUGGUGUGUUUACGAUGCGUCAUAUGGAAACAUAUAUGGGUGGAAGUAUGAAUGAGUUUAAAGUUGGGUUCAAGAACGAGGCUUCUGCACAAGAUGAUCAACUUGUUAAACUGAGGACAAAGUAUUUAUACAAAAUCCCCACUCAUGAAUAUAAUAUGCAAAAGGAUUAUGUGCUGCAAAAGGUUGAUGAAUUCCACAAGAUUCCUUCAAAACAACGUUCUCAACUGUUGGCCAUUGCAAAGGAAGAAAUUCACAGGAGAUUGGAUGAUUUAAGUUAA